AUGACGAUCCCAGACGAAGUCGACAUCAUUAUCUGCGGCGGCGGCAGUUCGGGAUGUGUCCCUGCCGGCCGCCUCGCCAACCUGGAUCACAACCUCUCUGUGUUGUUGAUCGAGGCAGGUGAAGAUAAUUUGAAUAAUCAAUGGGUAUACCGUCCCGGUAUCUACCCAAACAACAUGAAACUCGAUUCAAAGACAGCGUCUUUCUACCAUUCAAGGCCAUCUGAGCAUCUCGAUGGACGUAAAGCUAUUAUGUAUACCAGAGCAUCGGCCUCCGACUACGAUGACUUCCAAGCCAAGGGGUGGACCACCAAGGAACUUCUGCCUCUGAUGAGAAAACAUGAGACAUAUCAGAGAGCUUGUAAUAAUCCCGAGCUGCACGGGUCCGAUGGCCCUAUCAAGGUCUCGUUUGGAAAUUAUACCUACCCGAUCAAAGAUGACUUCCUUCGUGCGGCUGAAUCCCAAGGCAUUCCAGUCACCGAUGAUCUUCAGGACCUAAAGACUGCACACGGCGCCGAGCACUGGCUGAAGUGGAUCAAUCGUGACACAGGACGACGAAGCGAUGCUGCCCAUGCCUACGUCCACAGUACUCGAGCUAAGCAUUCCAACCUGCACCUAAAGUGCAACACCAAAGUGGACAAGGUGAUCAUCGAAAACGGCCGCGCUGUUGGCGUCGUCACAAUUCCCACCAAGCCCCUCAACGGAGGAGAGCCAGUCAGCAGGAUCUUCCGGGCGCGAAAGCAAAUUAUCAUCAGCGCUGGUACACUCAGCUCGCCUUUAAUUCUCCAGAGAUCCGGAUUCGGCGAUCCAGACAAGCUUCGCCGCGCAGGCGUCACUCCUCUAGUGAACUUGCCUGGGGUCGGUCGCAAUUUCCAGGACCACUACCUGACAUUCUCUGUCUAUCGCGCAAAGCCAGAUGUCGAGUCAUUUGAUGACUUCAUUCGCGGAGACCCGGAGGUGCAGAAGAAAGUUUUCGAGGAGUGGGAUAAGAAGGGUACUGGCCCACUGGCGACUAACGGUAUCGACGCCGGCGUUAAGAUCCGUCCCACUCAGCAGGAACUGAAUGAGAUGAAGAAGUGGCCGACACCUGAGUUCGUUGGAGGGUAUGACUCUUAUUUCAAAAACAAGCCUGAUAAGCCUGUUAUGCACUAUUCUAUAAUCUCAGGCUGGUUCGGAGACCAUAUGCACAUGCCACCGGGGAAGUUCUUUACCAUGUUCCACUUCUUGGAAUACCCAUUCUCUCGCGGCUUCACCCACAUCCAGUCCGCAGAUCCAUAUGAGGUGCCGGACUUCGACGCAGGGUUCAUGAAUGACAAGCGGGAUAUGGCUCCCAUGGUCUGGGGAUAUAUUAAGUCCCGCGAGACUGCCAGACGCAUGAGUGCAUAUGCUGGCGAGGUGACAGCCAUGCACCCCCAGUUCGCUCACAGCUCAUCCGCCCGGGCGUUGGACAUGGAUCUGGCUGUUACAAAGGCAUAUGCUGGCAAGAAUCAUAUCUCGGCCGGCUCUUGGACGCAGCCCUUGGAGCCUGGAAAGCAGCCUUCUGCCUCCACCCUUAACACCAAUAGACAUGAGGCUCGCGACUCUCUGAACUAUAGCGAGGAGGAUAUCAAACACAUUGAGAAGUGGAUUCAACGUCACGUUGAGACAACCUGGCACUGCCUCGGAACAUGCAGUAUGGCCCCUAGAGAGGGCAACUCCAUUGCGCCGCAAGGCGGUGUUGUCGACGAACGCCUGAAUGUUCACGGUGUCAAAGGCCUCAAGGUCUGCGACUUGUCGAUCUGCCCCGAUAAUGUGGGCUGCAACACUUUCAGCACUGCGCUACUUAUCGGCGAGAAGUGUGCCAUGCUCGUGGCCGAGGACUUGGGAUACUCGGGUGCUGAUUUGGACAUGAGGGUACCAACCUACCAUGCCCCCGGCGAAUUCUCUCAUCUUUCUCGUCUUUGA